AUGCCUUCGAUAAACGCUAAGAAUAAUCAGGCACAUGAUGAACCUCUUGUACACCAAGAACAGAAGAAGAAUCAAACCUCAUGGGACCGAAUUGCUGUCGACAAGGACUUAUCGCAAUCGGUCGGCUAUUUUCCCAUGCCUCUCGAUGUUGGCACUGCACGUUGUCGAGACCUUGCCCUCCAGCUUCAGCUCUCCAUCCCACUGGUCUUCCCUCCGCGUGGACGGUGCUAA